AUGUAUGAUUGUUGUCCAAAUCCUUACCCAGAUAUUUGCUACUAUUUUUCAAUUAAACGAAAUCCUUCCUACUAUUUAUUUACCUUAAUAAUGCCUUCAGCUUUAAUUACAACAAUUACCGUUGUUGGAUUUUUUACAACACAUUCUAGUACUGGAGAAAAUACUGAAAAGGUUAGCCUUGGAGUAACAUCACUGCUUUCACUUGCUUUAAUCCACAAAUUACCAGCAACUUCAGAUACUGUCCCUGUACUUGGUCAGUAUUAUAUUGGGCUAAUAUGUAUUCAAUUUACUGCUACAUACAUUACUACAUGGACACUUCAUUUACAAACAAAUGGAAAUUCGGGGAGAGCUUUACCUAGACGUUUACGUCAUUGGCUGUUGGGGGCAAACCCUCGAAAUAAUAAUUUAUUUAUGAAGCAUUUACUUGGAAGAGAAUUGGCAACUAUGCAACAAAGUGUUAGGCAUCGGAUUAAACGAUUUGAAAGAGUACGUAUGGGCCUCCCACCUUAUCUCGAUGAUAGUCGAUUCCCCUUUAUCGCCUCACUUGGCCAAAGGAAUGGCUCAGUCCAACAAGAAGUGAAUUCUCAAUUAUUAUCACCCGAAUCAAAAUAUACUUCUCAUAGGCAUUGCUCUAUUUUUACCGAUUCUAAUAGCAAUCAGAAAACAACAGAGAAUGGAACAACAAAACAAACAACAGAAAGAAAUUCUUUUAAUGAUUCAAUGUCAAAUUCAAUUAGUUAG